AUGUCUGGUGAAUCUGGCCGUCGGCCUUUGACGACCAAGAUCUUCUCUGCGUCGGGCCUUAGGAAACCGCUGGCUGGCAGUCAUAUCAGUCAUGUGAAACCCCCACAAGUCGCGCCCCCCACCGGACGUCCCAGCCUGCUUGCUGAGUGGGCUGUUGCGGCGCAUCUUCAGCGCAGACACAUAACAGCCAUGGAGUGGUGGGUUGUGAAAUAA